GCCCCUCCGCUCCUGUCCCCCGCGCCGCCGGGAGCCGCCACCUGCGCGCCGGGCUGCGGGGCCAGCGGCGGGCAGGAGCCGGGCGGGCACCGGAGGAUGCCGGAGACCGGGCAGGAGCCACCCAGCGCCCCGCCGCCUCCCCCCAAGGAGUCCUUCUACAUCAAGAACCUGCUCAACGGCGGCCCCCCCAAGGCGCCCCCCAAGCAGCCGCGGGCGCUGUUCGCCCCCUCGGGCAAGGCGGCGGUGGACGGCGCCGGCUUCGCCCUCUCGCAGGUGGGAGACCUCGCCUUCCCCCGCUUCGAGAUCCCGGCGCCGCGCUUCGCCCUGAGCGCGCACUGCCUGGAGCGCGCCCAGACCUGGUGGUACCCGUACGCCCUGACGCCGGCCGGAGCUCACCUGCCCCGCACCGAAGCCGCAGAGAAAUCCCUGCUGAGGGACUCGUCCCCCGCCUCGGGCACCGACCGGGACUCCCCGGAGCCGCUGCUGAAGGCGGAGGGGGAGCAGAAGGAGCUGGACUCCAAGAGCCCCGACGAGAUCGUCCUAGAGGAGAGCGACUCCGAGGAGGCGAAGAAGGAGGGAGGCGCGGAGGACUGGAAGAAGCGGGAGGAGAGCCCGGAGAAGAAGCCGUGCCGCAAGAAGAAGACGCGCACGGUGUUCAGCCGCAGCCAGGUCUUCCAGCUGGAGUCCACCUUCGACAUGAAGCGCUACCUGAGCAGCUCGGAGCGGGCCGGCCUGGCCGCCUCCCUCCACCUGACAGAGACCCAGGUGAAGAUCUGGUUCCAGAACCGCCGCAACAAGUGGAAGCGGCAGCUGGCGGCCGAGCUGGAGGCGGCCAACCUCAGCCACGCGGCCGCGCAGCGCAUCGUCCGCGUCCCCAUCCUGUACCACGAGAACUCGGGCGCGGAGGGGGGCGCGGGGGGCGGCGGAGCCCCCGGCACCCAGCCCCUGCUCACCUUCCCUCACCCCGUCUACUAUUCCCACCCCGUGGUCACCUCCGUGCCGCUCCUGCGGCCCGUCUGAGCCCGCCCGCCGCUGCGCGGAGGGGCGCGGAGAGGCGCGCAAGGCACCCGCCCGCUUGUAAGUACUCCAGCCCCUCGUGCGACCCACCCGGGCGGCGUCUGCGGAGCACGGGUUUUGGGUGGA